AUGGAAGACGAAAACUUGUCAUUUGUUCUUUUGCGAAAUCAUCCUGAAUUUCUGGAGGAGACGGCAAUUUUAUUGAAUUCUGAAUGGUCAAAAACUCUGGAAGGGAGGUAAGCAGUGAGUAAGAUUUCCUUAUUUUGUAGGAAAUAAAAUCUGAAAAUGCUCAUUUGGAGCAGGGAUGUAAGUCACUCCUUUUCAGGUGAAGGGGUGGGGUGGAAGGGGACUUUUUUUUCGCAAGCUAUUUUCACGCAUAUUUGGUUGGAGAAACCUACAGACUUCCAAAAUUUUACGUGAAAUAGGGCUGGUUCCUAAGCAUAAAAAAUAGUAGGGAAAUAUUUACUUUGUACCAGAAGUUUUAUUUAUUUAUUAAUUUUGUUGAUUUCUUUUCCUCUUUUCCUUCAUGGUUCUCUGCAAUUUGUUAAGAAUACUGUGCUUCAAAAUGAGCUCAUUAUUGUCUUACUUUUAUUUGCCUCAUUUCUCAAACAAUCCAGAGAUAUCAGUUUUGUACUAUAUUUUUUAAUGUUACUGAUAAGAAAUUCUGGUGGAAAAUCUAAACCUUCCCACGGACAAAAAAGGUGCCUUUUUUUCAAGAGAGAAAGAAUGUUAGAGUAACACCCUUUCCCUCUUCUCUCCACCCCCCACCCACCCACUAUCUAACCAGUCUAAGGUGUCAAAUGGCAUGGUGAAAGUGUCAGUGAUAAUUUGGUUUUGAAAGUAUUUCUAUCUCUUCCAGACUUCAUUAUUUAGCAGAAGGUCAAGAUGAUCUUCCAUGUUCACUCAUUAUUUCAUUAAAAAAUGACAAAGCACAUACAAGAGUCAUUGGUCACUGUAGACUCAACAAGGUUCUGGGAAAACCAAAGGCAUCAUUUUUGACUUGUGGUGAGAUAAAGUUUUGAAUUUCCUUGCAGUUUUUAUUCAAUGAGAGCUAAGUCUAGAAAAGGCAUGGUGAAACUCCAAAAUUUUGAAAGAAUUACCCUGUUUUAGACUUUGUUUAUCCUUUUUCAGUAAUUGUUUUCAGGUUAUCUGUUUUUGGUUAUCUUUGUUUUUCCUUUUCUCAUGUUCUCCCAACAUCUCUCUUGGGUUAUUACAUGGGUAAAUCAAUGGAAAGUGUGGUCUACUGCUUAAAUAAUUCUAGAAUGUUUUAUGUCUAAUACUAACUAUUUUUUUGACUUAUUAGUGGUGAUAGAAAAGGCUUAUAGAGGAUGUGGACUUGGAAGAAAGCUCAUGCAGCUCACAGAAAGCUAUGCAUCUCAGUUAGUUUUCAACUCUUUCAUUAUUAAAGUAUGUUUAAAUUUAUCUGUAGACUUGUUUACAGUUGUUAGUAUUCGUCCUGAUUUUCCCUAGGUGGAACAGAGUAGUAGUAUUAUCAUUUCACCUGGGAAUCCAGACUCCACUGACAUUGGAAGAAAUCCCAUUUGUUGCAAUUUGUUAUUAUCUUCUAUAAAUGUUGAAAUGGACUUUUUGUUAGAAAUUUUGAAAUGAUAGAUACAUGAACAUGAUAAUGGUCAUGUGUUCUUUUUUACAUACGAUUUAGUAAGAAAAUGCAUUAUUCUUCAUAUUCACCCACAGACUCUUGCAUCUAUUCUUUCAAUUUUAGGCUAGGAUUGACGGCAAUUUACCUCACAACAUCUAAUAAGUACGAGUUUUAUAAACAUCUUGGUUAUCAUGAAUGUACUCAAGUCACUCCAAUUAAAGCAAGCUCAAGCCUAUUUACCAACUCUCAGGUAAUGAACUAUGAAUUAAAUUGGGAGGAAUUAGAAUUUAAUAUUUUCUGGAUAUGAUAUUUUGUUAGUUUAGACACAUUUUAUGUUUUUUUUUUUUCCAUUUCAGCUUAAUUUACUAGGUGAACAGGUUGGAGAAGGGGAUAAUCUGACAGUAAAUCAAGGGGAAUAUGACUUACCUCGUUUCAGUCCUGAAAACUCUGUUUCAAGGAAUCAAGAAGCCAUGUUUAAUGAAUUGAAUCAAAGGGAGAAGGAGCAAAAUAUUCACAAACAACAGCAAGAGAUUGACAAUGAUCAUGGAGCCAGAGAGAGGGAAACAAGUUGUUGCUCAUCAUCAUUGGUUCAACUCACAGAGGCAGUGACACUCACAUCAUUGCAACAAGCAUCCCCACCCCCUCCCCUGCCCCCUCCUCCUCCUCCUCCUCCCCCUCCUCUACCUCUUUCUCUGCAAUCUCCACCUAGUCAAUUGAGAUCUAUUCUUGCAAAAUCAACUUGGAUGAUGAAAGAACUCAUUUCAUAA